UUAUUUCCUCAUCGUCUCAAUAUCCCUCCCCAUUCCUCCACCCCCACCGUCCCUCAACUUUUUGCGGUAAAAACAACACACACAACUGAAUUUGAAUCCAAUUGUAGCCUACUCGAGACCAUCUUUAUCAAUUUCAUGCUGUGUGUUUUGGUGGGUUUCAACGGACCAUUCUUUCAUCUUAGUAAAACACCGUUUCGUCUCUAAGGUGGCAGUCAAGCUAUGACAAAUGCUUCUGUUGCUAGAUUUAGUGGAAUUAACAGAGCAGUGUUGCCACUUCCUCGUAGGAGAAAGUUCCAAAUAGCAUUUACAAGAGACUUUUCAACCUGUGCUUCACCAUUUGUGUGUUCAUCAUCAUAUGCCGUGUAUACCCCUACUGCUUUUGUGUUAAAUGCCCAACUCGCAGCAUCAAAUACUCCGCAACGCUCUGAAGAAUGGUUUGCACUACGCAAGGACAAGCUAACAACGAGUACCUUCAGCACAGCAUUGGGAAUGUGGAAAGGCAAACGUCGGUAUGAGCUAUGGCAAGAAAAAGUUUUCCCUUCGAGCGUGCAGGCGGCUGAGGGAGCUAAAAAAAGCGCUAUGGAAUGGGGUGUUCUUAAUGAAGCUGCAGCUAUAGAGCGGUACAAGAGCAUUACUGGCCGGGAUGUCAGCUCGUUGAGCUUUGCCAUCCAUUCAGAGGACCGAUUGGAUUGGAUUGGAGCUUCCCCAGACGGGCUGCUUGGAUCCUUUCAGGGAGGUGGAGUUCUUGAAGUGAAAUGCCCGUUCAACAAAGGGAAGCCAGAGACAAUGUUGCCAUGGAAGACUGUUCCAUUUUACUACAUGCCUCAGAUACAAGGUCAAAUGGAGGUGAUAGACAGGGAUUGGGUGGAUUUGUAUUGUUGGACUCCAAAUGGAAGCACUAUAUUUCGUAUUUAUAGAGAGCGUGGCUAUUGGCAAUUGAUGCACGGAGUUUUACGAGAGUUUUGGUGGGAGAACGUCAUGCCAGCAAGGGAAGCCCUUGUGUUGGGAAUGGAGGAAGAAGCCAAAUCAUUCGAGCCAACAUCAACACACAAACUAACAGGACUUAUCAUAGCAAAAAGCUUAAAUUUAGCCGGGGAAGCAAAGUUGCUGUGCCGGGAGAUAGCAGGUCACGUGGAGUUCUUCCGUUAAGUGGUUUUUCGAUGAGUGCAAAGAAUAUUCAGAGUUGUUCUUGCAGGUGAUAGAUUGGCUCAUCUGUCAUUCUUUAGUUUCGAUAUUUUAUAUCUUGAUAAUUUAUAUUGGCUCCAGUGCUAAUCAUUCAGCUUAUUUUUAAUGGAAAUUUCAUUUUAGCA